AUUCUGCAUUUCCGGGGAGGAAGACUGCAUUGUUUACCAACAGCCCUCCUGCCUGUCAGUUUGGGCACACUGCUCUGGAUAGCUGAGAAGAGCCAUCCAGAGCAGUGUGCUUACAGUGAAGCACACACCCCCAGCCCCAUAGUAAAACACUCCCAUCACACAGUUAACCCUUUGAUUGCCCCUCAUGUUAACCCAUUCCUGCCCAGUGCCAUUAGUACAGUGUCAGUGCUUUUUUUUUAGCACUGAUCACUGUAUUAAUCAGUCUGGGGAUGUCAGUGACACCAAGUCAGUUCCCUCCAGUGUCAGAAUGCCCGUCGCAGUCCUGCUAUAA